AUGAAGGAGGGACAGAGGAGAAAAAUUGUGGUGACCAAGCCAUUGUCGUUAGAAGGCGAAUCUGAUUUGGACGCUCCUAAUCUUUUGCAACGUAUACUAAGCCUUUUUAAGAAUGUACGGCCAGGAUCUGAUCUCUCGCGCUUCCAGGUGCCAGCAUUGUUUAAUUUGCCAAAGUCGCAACUUCAGUGCUAUGGUGAGUCAGUGUACAGCACAGGAAUGGAGUUAAUAAGAGAAUGCAACAGAGGGCAGAGUCCAUUGGAUAGGUUGAUAGCAGUGAUGGCAUGGUCCAUUUCCACCACUCGCCCUGCAACUUUUGGUGUUGCUCCCUAUAAUCCCAUUCUUGGUGAGACUCAUCAUGUUUCUAAGGGAACUCUUAACAUAUUAUUGGAACAGAUAUCACACCACCCUCCAGUAACUGCCCUACAUGCAACAGAUGAGAAAGAAAACAUAGAAAUGGUUUGGUGCCAACAACCUGUCCCAAAGUUUUAUGGUACAUCAGUUGAAGCUAAAGUGCAUGGUAAACGACAAUUGAAGCUUUUGAAUCAUGGAGAAACAUAUGAGAUGAACUGUCCUCAUCUUUUAUUCAGAAUAAUUCCUGUUCCUAGUGUUGAUUGGGUUGGUACAGUUAAUAUAAAGUGCAUAGAGACAGGACUUGUGGCUGAUUUAUCUUACAAAUCAACACAUUCUUUUCUUGGCUUUGGUGGAAAUCAGAAAGUGGUCAAAGGGAAGAUCCGUAAUUCAUCAACUUUGAAUGUUCUGUAUGAAGUUGAUGGUCAUUGGAAUAGAACAAUAAAAGUAAAGGAUACAAAUAACGGAAAAAUGAGAGUGAUAUAUGAUGCAAAAGAAGUCAUUAAUGGACUGCAAGCACCAAUGGUUAAGGAUGCAGAGAGUGUGUGGCCAACCGAAUCAGCUUAUGUUUGGAGUGAAGUGAGUGAAGCCAUAAUGAAGAAAGAAUGGGAGAAAGCAAGAGAAGCAAAGCAUGCAGUGGAAGAGAGACAAAGGGAACUCUUAAGAGAAAGAGAGUCAAAGGGUCAAACAUGGAUUUCUAACCAUUUUUUGGUGUCUAAUACCAAAGAGCAUGGCUGGGAAUGUUCACCUAUGCAUACCUCUGUGUCAGAUGCCCCUAUCAUUGCUGAGUGAUUACUAUUUUAUAUUUAUAUUUAUAUUUAUAGCUUUCUUGCAGACAUGCAUGAAUAUUUAUUAUGAUACAUUACUUA